UAAUCAUUUUUAAAAAAUGACAUUUUUAAAAAAAAUUUCAAAUUUGCCACUGGUUCCGGCGCCCGUACAUCCCGACGUCACAGGGACCGAACACGUAAGCCGGAUGCCGGCAUCGGCCGGAGAAGAUGGCCGGGGACGCUGCAGGGGACACAUCGCGGGAGCGAAGGACAAGGUAACUGCUGCAGGGACUCCCUGAGCAACGCCACAUGUUAAGCCCGAGUGUAGCUCAGGGUUACCGCUCUUGGUACUGAAAUUCACUCGGGAAUACCGCUAAGGAGGUUAAAGUGGUAGAUACUGGGGUUGAUUUACUAAAACUGGACAAUGCUAAAUCUGAUGCAGAUUUGCAGAGAAACCAAUCAGCUUCCAGGUUUUAUUGUCAAAGCUUAAUUGAACAAGCUGAAGUUUGAAGCUGAUUGGCUGCAAU